GGGAAGAUCUGAGGAGGCUGCGGUCACCGCUCUGCAGGGCAGAACCGUUAUGGGGGCAGCAGUGUGCAGAGCUUUUCCCAGUGCUCCCGGGACUCUUUGGUAACUCCCUACACCUGUACACAGGACCCUUCAUGUUUCUAACUCCCUCCUGUGCCGAGUCCUGUAAGAAUCAAGAGGUUUUAUCAUACCCAACUCCCAGAAUCUCAUUUCCAAAGCAAGGUCUCCGAAUGGAUAGACGAUGAGUGAGUUAAGUGAAUGAAUGAAUGCACGGAUGGAACAAAUUUGAGAUUCAGGAAAAGCAGCUCUAUUUUUUUUUUUAUCACCGUCCCAAAGAAUAGCCUCCUGGCGCCUGCCGAUGCUGCACGAGACCACCCUUCCAUGGCAGCUUUGCCUGGCUUGCUUAGAACUUGCCUGGUCCUUGUGUUGCACGUUUACUGUGUAGAAGGUCGGACUUGUCUUUACAAGAUUAUACAUUUUACUGUAAGGAAUGAAGUUCAUCCUCUGAAAGAGCCCACAGUGUGCAUGGGAAGUGAGGCUGUGCACAGCUGAAAAGUUUCUAGGCCUAAUAAGAAAUGAGAUGAAAGCUGAGACUAAAAACACAUGUCCUGCAGUGAUGUCUGGUCCUCAGGUAAUCAGGGUAAGGUCUGUGAGUGGUGGGGGAGUUGGAAGAGGAAGGGUUACUGCAGGCUGGAGUGAUCUGGAAUGACCUUUUUGAGAAGAAGUACAGAGGCUAGGUCUUGGGAGAUGGAUGAAGACUGACAAGGUCAAGGAGGAAGGAAGAGCUUGGUGUGAGCAAGAAGCACAGUGGACUUGAGCUUUGGGAGGGGAGCCACUCACAGAGCAAAGGUGAGUGGCUCCCACGUAUAAAGGGCACCAUGCCAGUGGAAAGAAUGCGAAUGCGCCCAUGGCUGGAGGAACAGAUAAAUUCCAAUACGAUACCAGGGCUAAAGUGGCUGAACAAGGAAAAGAAGAUUUUCCAGAUCCCCUGGAUGCAUGCAGCUAGACAUGGGUGGGAUGUGGAAAAGGAUGCACCGCUCUUCAGAAACUGGGCGAUCCAUACAGGAAAGCAUCAACCAGGAGUAGAUAAACCUGAUCCAAAAACAUGGAAAGCAAACUUUCGUUGUGCCAUGAAUUCCUUGCCUGAUAUUGAGGAAGUGAAGGAUAGAAGUAUAAAGAAAGGAAACAAUGCCUUCAGAGUAUACCGGAUGUUGCCCUUAUCCGAACGACCUUCUAAGAAAGGAAAGAAACCAAAGACAGAAAAAGAAGAGAGAGUUAAGCACAUCAAGCAAGAACCAGUUGAGUCAUCUUUGGGGCUUAGUAAUGGAGUAAGUGACUUUUCUCCUGAGUAUGCGGUCCUGACUUCAGCUAUAAAAAAUGAAGUGGAUAGUACGGUCAACAUCAUAGUUGUAGGACAGUCCCAUCUGGACAGCAACAUUGAAGACCAAGAGAUCGUCGCUAAUCCACCAGACAUUUGCCAAGUUGUGGAAGUGACCACUGAGAGUGAUGACCAGCCAGUCAGCAUGAGCGAGCUCUACCCUCUACAGAUUUCUCCUGUGUCUUCCUACGCAGAAAGCGAAACUACCGACAGUGUGCCCAGUGAUGAGGAGAAUGCAGAGGGGAGACCGCACUGGCGGAAGAGGAGCAUUGAAGGCAAGCAGUAUCUCAGCAACAUGGGGACACGGAACAGCUACCUGCUGCCCAGCAUGGCGACCUUUGUCUCUACCAACAAGCCAGACCUGCAGGUCACCAUCAAAGAGGAGAGUUGUCCAAUGCCUUACAACAGCUCCUGGCCCCCAUUUACAGACCUCUCCCUCCCUGCCCCAGUGACCCCCACGCCCAGCAGCAGUCGGCCGGACAGGGAGACCCGGGCCAGUGUCAUCAAGAAGACAUCUGAUAUCACCCAGGCCCGUGUCAAGAGCUGCUAAGCCUUUGACUCUCUCCCCAGUGGUUGUUGGGAUUUCUUAGCUUUGUGUUGUUAUUUGUUUGUAUUUUAUUUUUUCCUCUCUGAUACCUAUCUUAGACAAAUCUAAGGGAAAAAGCCUUGACAGUAGAAGAUUGAUUGCUGUGUCCACCUCCCGAGCAGGAGCUUCUUUUUAACUCAGGACUCCAGCCCCUCGGAGAUGCGUAUCUCUAGAACCUGCUGGAUCUCCCAGGGCUACUCCCUCAAGUUCAAGGACCAACAGCCACACGGGCGGCGGAGGUGCUGCGUCGCCUACGGUCAAGGCCAGCAUGGUGGAGUGGAUGCCUCACAAUGGGCAAGAAAAUGUGAACUAGCUGGAAUUUUUUAUUCUUGUGAAUAUGUACAUAGGGCAGGACUGGCCAUGUGGCGGUCUGCCUCUGCACCUUAUCUUGAAGCACUUACAAUAAAUAGGCCUUCUUGUGAUCUUGCUCUCCUUCACAGCACACUUGGCGCCCCCUUCUGUGCCCAUUAGCCCAUUAUACACCCCUCCCUCCUCAACACCUCCAUCCCAGCCCACUUCCCACCCCUCCCUCCACUACCCCUCCAUCCCAGCCCACCCUGUUCCUUUUCUCCUUUUCCUCUCCUCAAAGGCAAUUGUUCCACAUCUUAGACGAGGAGGAGGAGAAGAAAAUGAAUUUCUCCACAGCUGUCCCAUUUUAAGACUGCUUGAAAAAAAAAAUCUUUCUAAUCUGCUAUGCUUGAAUGCCACGCGGUACAAAGGAAAACUGUCAUGGAAAUAUUAUGCAAAUUCCCAGAUUUGAAGACAAAAAUACUCUAAUUCUAACCAGAGCAAGCUUUUUUAUUUUUUAUACAGGGGAAUAUUUUAUUCAAGGUAAAAUUCUAAAUAAAAUAUAAUUGUUUUUUA